CACACACAAAUGCACACCAGCCACCACACACAAACGGUCCAUCUCUCAGAUACGAUGAAGGCGGCACCGACCUCGGUCGCAACUAAGAACACGCAAACACAUCGAUAAAGCGUCAGAUGGCUGGAUAAGGCACACACAACCACACCAUUUUCAGACCCAGAGCACACUCAGCCACCCAUUCGAUCACCCACAGCGUCCCCGUCACCAUCCGCUGUCCCCGCACCCCCCUGCCGCUCCUCCUCGUAUAUCAGCCGGGCCCCCAACAACGCCUCCAGGGGCCACCCGUCUUGCAUCCGCAGCCGCCGGGCAAGCGAAGGUACACUGGGGGCCUCCUCCGUCUGAGUGCGUGUUGAUGGAGCCGAGUCUUCCAGCGGCCGGCUGCCAGCAGGUGAUUCCACGCUGAGGGCCUCCUGCUGUUCUGUGCAGGGAUGGUUGCCUUGUCCCCCCCUGGCUGUCGGCCGCUUCUUCUUUCUCCGACGUGUCUUGGGUUUGGUCAUGUUGAUUGCCUCUCUGACAGGUACAAGCCCGCCAGCAGGGCCUUUAUCAUGGGCAGAGAGCGAUGGCUGGAUUUCAGAGGGGGCUGUCAGACCCACAGCAGCAGAUUGAGCGAGGCCUCUGCGGUAGGGCUGCCGUAAUGCAGGGCCACCACCAGCGGCGACAUCGGCCGGUGAGGGCAACGGACAGACAGUCUGCUCCUCGCCCCUCUGGCCGGCCACCGCCGCUGUCCUGGACCUCUUGUCUUUUCUUGCCUGCUGUUUCGCCGGGACGCCGGCUGCACUGCUGCCCUCCUGUGGCUGCUGCUGACUCGACUGGCCUGCUGUUGCCGACUCGGCUGGCAAGAUGCCGCUCAGGAGACCGACAGCCCUUUGUUGAAUCUCGGAACGGUUCGCCCACACCCGGAUGGAGAGAAGCUUCAGGUAGUCGCCGGCAAGCCAGGUGGCCGUGCUUCUGAGCAGCCACGCGCCUUUGGGCGGUGAGAUGAACAGAAGGGAGCAUGGGUAUCCCAGGUCGAAAGAGCGGAUGGUGGGGCCUUGAGCAACGGCCAUCACGAUGUCGCAGCAGACGGCGACCAGGAGGGCCGGCCGCAGCAGUCCGCACCACAGCAGAGGGAAGCCGACAGCGAGAUCAAUGACGCGGACGAUGGCAUGACCCAACAUAAGUGUUAAAAUUCCAACCCACUCCGGCAGAGACCUGCCGUCGCCAAGCUUCCUCGGCUCCCUUGUCCGAUUCACAGCAUAGUCGUAGAACUCUGCCCACAUCGUCCACAGCCCACAAACAGAGCUCGCCACCGUCAGCGAAGCGAGUGCCGUCACCAGCAGCUUCACGAGAUAGCAGCAGCCACCCACCAUGCCGACAAGACGGUGACAAAGGUAUUGCGGCAUCAGUCGCAGCAGCGCCGCCUUGCGUACGGAAGGCUCACCAACAACGGCACAACAACAAAAAAGGCCCAACAGCACAAACCGUGAGGCUCAGUGAGGAAAGCCAGCAGCAGGUGUAGGCCAAGCGAAAUCCCCAGGCACACUCGGACAAUGUCGAUGCCGAACUGAGUGGAGAGGAUGCUCAUGAGGCUCAUGACGGCAGUGAAGAGCAUGACAGCCGAGACCAUGUUCGGAUCCGACCACAAAGUGUGCCGUCGCUGACCAUCCGCGUCGCGCCGUUCCGUCCCUUGCUCAUAGCGCAGCCAAAGUCGCCAUAGCACCAAGUCCACAUCGAAGUGGAAGAAGAGGGCGACAAGGAUAAGGACAAUCAGCCCCGACAAAGCCCAAACAAUCAGCCGGUAGGUCGACCUGUAGCAGCCGUCGGCGAUAAGGGUCGAGCAGAGGAAUGCCAGCAGGACAAAGCCCUGCAGGUUCCUCAACACGACAAGACCGGGGGCCAUUCCCCCCUUCAGCACGCACGUGUCCCCCCAGGGCACCUUGACAUCCUGUCCCGCGUAGGUAACCCAAACGACCGCAAAGGCAAACCAAAGGGCGGCGCCGAGAGCCAGAGUGAGUAGAAGGAGCCACAGAAUGCCCAACCACCACAUAAGCUGCCCCAUCCAGCUCCUCGCGCCUCCCUCAACCUUAGCCGAUACCCCUGCCCCGCCGUCACCACUGGCACUUUGACCCAAGCCGGGGUCCGAUCCCUCGGCCGCGUCUGCCAAAACACGUGAACGAACACAUUAGCACGUCCACCGUCAGAACGAUGCACUGUGUGUGCGUGUGUGUGGAUGAUCCUCACCUGUGAGAUCGCCGGCCGUUGAGGCGCUCGGGAACGUCACAUAGUGUGUGGUCGGCCACCGUAGCCACGGCCGUGUGUGGGGCUGGUCAGGGAAGGGAAACUCCCGACGCCCACAUGUGGCCGCCGCGAGAAACCGAUUGACGCCUGUGUCGGUGUCAUUCAGCCACGACGCCUUUUGGAUGGGUGUGAGGGCCAACUGGAGAUAGCAAGAGCGGCACACGGCCAGCAGGUGGGCCAGAGUCUCGACGCUGUCCUCAUCAUCCUCAUCACAGCCAUCUGCUGCCCCCGACCCGAUGCCGUCAGC